CGCCAGACUUGCUCUCACCGCCACCUCUAUCUUAUCCUCUCCGUCUCUUUCUGUCUGCAGUUUUACUUCCUCUUUGAAGCUUUCUCUCUCUCACACACACACACUCAUUUAAAUACGCUCAUUCACUCAGCUCAUUCACAGGCACAGGUCAGGCAGCCUCACAUUUCACCUUGUUCUGCCCCCGGCUGAGAGGACAGAGCCCUGCAAGGUGCAGCCAUCACACAGGACACAGGCUUCCACAGCUCAAUCAAGUUUGACGCUGUCUGAACCCUCCGAGAAGAUUGAGAUGUUUGUUUGGAAUGGAAUUGCAAAGUUUUGAGUCAUCAUCCUGAAAAGGAAGACUGGCAGGAGACACCGGCAGCGGAUAUCAAGACCAGCAAUCAUUUGAAGUCGGUCACGUUGUCUACGCUUUGUUUGAAUGACUCCUGUCUCAAGGAUCUGCUAUCCCCUCAUCCCAUGUUCCCGCUUACAGGGUCUGUGUGAGGCAGUUUGCCCAUUGAAGACCAGCAUCAUGCCGACUACUUGCGCAAGGUGCAUAUUGGGAGCCUGACCCAUCAUGUGCAAAUGGACACGCACCACUCCUGGUCUCUACUACGACCUCACCUCCGCUGGGUCAGCCCUCCCCGGGUUGCCACUUCAAUCUUAUCCUUUUCCCCUGGUAUGCCUGUCCGUGCUGUUUCUGGCUUGUUCUGCUCUCGGAGGUUGCCCACCUGCGCAGGGGCAUGACCCCCUUCAGGCGUUGGCACAGGGCACGAACUGCUCGUGGACUCUGGAGCGGCACGCACGCAGCUACAACCACCUAGAGGGUGACGUCCGCCUGCGACGCCUCUAUUCUGCCAACAAGUUUUUUCUCUGCAUCGACAAAACGGGCAAGGUGGACGGCACCCGUCGGAAGAAUUACGCUGACAGUCUGAUGGAAAUCCGAUCUGUCAGUGUGGGAGUUGUCGCCAUCAAAUCUGUCAGCACCGGUCUGUACCUCGCCAUGUCCAAAAAAGGCACGCUCUUCGGAUCGGUCAGAUACAACCCCAGCUGCAAGUUUAAAGAACGCAUCGAGGAGAACGGCUACAACACGUACGCCUCCCUGCGCUGGAGACACAAGGGCAGGCAGAUGUUCGUCUCGCUCAACGGAAGAGGGAAACCGCGGAGAGGACACAAAGCUAGACGAAGACAUCCAUCCACUCAUUUCCUCCCUAUGCUCCCCACGUGACUGGACAUCAUCAUUUAAAGUCCUCCAAACAAAUGGAAAUAUUAGGGACUUGAGUGUUAUUAAGAUGUUUUUAUCCCUUGGUACUGUCACAUGGUACAUUAACUUAUUCCUCAGCUUAAGGCCCAGUACAGUUUUAAUGUUCUGUAUCUACAGGUUAUGUAUUAAUGUUAUUGUUGAGUUAACACAGCAUUUCCUGCAUCCGUCUGUACUCCUGUUAUGACGUACGGAUCUCUAAAUGACUGAAACGCGACUACGAGGAAUUGGAUUUAUGUGAAAAGGUCAUUUUAAAUGAUAUAAACAAAAAGUCUUAUUGAAAAGAAUGAACAAUGUAACGUUGAACCUGAUUUCCAAUCUUUGUAUCAUCGCGGAAAUCAUAGGACCCUACUUUUCACAUAGCAAUGUUGUUUACAUAAGACAUUUAAAUCAUCUGCUUUUACAUUUCAAUGUCAAAAUCUGAGAAAAAAUAGGUUCCAUGGCUCUGACAUGCAAAUAGAUCCAGUGCUCAAUUCACCAUUUAGCAUAACAGACUUCCUGUAACGUUCUGAUUAUACCCCAUGUCUUACUAUGUCACAUUAACAUACCUUUUUUCUCUCAACCUGUCGCAAAAUACAACAUUUAAUAUAUUUCAACUUUUCGAACCCCUCUGUUUGGUUUGUGAUGUUUUUGUCUGUAUUCUUCGAAACCGCAGUCUGGUCCACAUACGGAUGAGAAUCUGGCUUCAUCCACGUGCCACCGACCGCAACUGCAUGUUCUGCCUACUAAUGAUGAGCAACACCUGCUAAGUGGUUAGCCGUGGCAGAAAGACCAAAAACAGCGUCCAAAAAAAGCCACGUUAAUGGAACUCCUAGUCCAUUUACACCUGUGCUGCUUUCCUGGCUG